UUCAAUCGUUGCGAAAACUUCUCUUGUACCAAAGGAUAAAACAACAUGAGGUUGACUGUGCUUCGCUUUGCACGGCUUAACCCGUCCGUGAAGGAGCUUCGAUUGCAUCUCUGCCAGACGGGUGAAGAAUCGAAGGGUGUGCGUGACUUCGUGAAUACACGCUACGUCCAGCUGAAGCGAGACAAUCCGUCUCUUCCGAUACUGGUGCGCGAAUGCAGCGGAGUACAACCUAGACUUUGGGCCCGUUAUGAACUUGGCAAGGAAAAAUCUGUCGCAUUAACGAACGCUACGGCCGAGGAUGUGUCCAAACAAAUUGAAACAUUGGCCAAGUCACAAUAGAAGUUCGAAGAGGUUUAUCUUAAAAUGUUAGAAAAAAAACCCAAGAAUGUAACAAACAGCAGCAAUGCGGCGCGUAAAUAAAAUCAUUGUAAUUUGAAAUAACUAGACAUUACAAUACGUGAAAAAAAACAGUGAACCCACGAAAACCCCCAAAAGGAAAUGCGGAUAUUUAUGACAUUUUCUUCCUUAGAAAGCUUUUUUAU